ACCUGGGAAUAUAUUAAUGUUCAUUAGCUCUUCCAAAGCUGUUACAUUAUUUCCCAAUGCUAAAAUUCAAGCUGAUGUCUCGAAAUCAGACUCCAUUUCGAGUUCUGAAAAAGAAAACACUAUUGGUAGAACUUCUUGGAAUCGAAAUGAGAUUUUAGAAUUAAUAGACUUAUAUAAGUCCUACAAACAUUUAUUUAAAAGCACGACAAUGAAAAACGACAAAGUAUGGGAUAUGUUAGCCAAAAAGUUACCGAUGCACACAACUGAGCAAAUAAAAAAUAAAUUUAAAUAUCUGAAACAAAAGUAUAUGGAAAAGAAAGAUAAUAUGGGUCAAAAGAGCAGUGGAGCAGGUACGAUUAAAUUCGAUUACUUCUUUGAAAUGGAUGAAAUAUUUGGUCAAGAUCCUGAUGUGCAGCCAGUGUCAACUGCGUCUUCUUCACAAGGGAUUCAUCAUGCUUCCAAGAUGCCAUCAGUUGAAAUUGAAGAAAAUUCAUCCAGUAACGAUGAAAAUAUUGCAAAAAACAGAAAUGAAAAGUUGAAAAUAAGAAAAAAAAGUGAAUUAGCAAAACAACUAAGUAUAUACGAACAAAAUUUUAAAGAAAGAGAGGUUAUGAAAGAAAAACGUCAUAAUGAAUUAAUGGCUCGACAAGAUGCAGCUUUAAAAAUUUUAGAAAAUAUUGCGAAUUCAUUUGCAAACUUACCAAGUACUAAAAAAUAA